AUGGACGCGCUGCUGAGAUCCUUCAACAAGAAGAUGCACGAUGUUCCGCCGGACGAUCGAUUCAACGACUAUCGAGAACGCUUCUAUGCUGAUGUGAUUGAAUACGCCAAAGCGCUUUUAAAGAGGAUAUCCGUUGCCGGCUUCUCCCUUCGACGCGUGGUUAGUAACGAGUACAUGGCACAUCUAGGCCGACCCGCGUUCGGUCGUCUCUGGGAUGUCGGGGUGCGGGAGGAACUGAUCGACAUCGCGGCUCGCCUACUGCUGAAUUCCGACCACCUUGACGGCCCGUCGACCGACGCGCAGACGUUUGCGUGCCUGUCGCACCGCCUGGCUCUACCGCUGGUCUCCGUAACGCCGUCGGAACAACGCGCAGAGCAGGAACAGAUCCAGCACCACCUGCGUAUAUGCCUCGCGUUCGACCCGACGUCCGGCGAUUUAGUCUCGGUAGCUCCGUCAGAGCCUCUACUCGCCGAGGCUGCCUACUAUGCGAUGCGCAUACGGUCCAUGGACACUCCGCAGGCUCUUAGAGCCAUCUUUGAUGCUUUCUCGAUCGGAGUGGGACAACAGGGCGACGUGGUCCUGCAGGCGCUUUUGAUCGCGGCGCGCGACGCUGCGGUUGGAGACCCGCUCCCUAAUGGCCUUCCCCGCUGCCCGGUUGACGAAAAAGAGAACCGCCGCUUGAUGUCGUCAACGGCUUUCUUUCGAAAGCUCUUCAAGCCAUUCGAAGUUGCGUUCGACCACGAGGGACACUCCUAUGCGACUGCGAGCGAACGUCAUCAGGCGGAAACCAUCCGUCGCUUUCACGCAGACUUCCAGAACUGCAACGUGCACUUCAAUCACUUCAUCUCCGUACAGCCUGACGUCCUCCGAGCGAAGUACCUCCUCGCACUCCUGGCCCGCGGCGCUGCGCCCCAAUGCGCGAGUCACGGAUGUGGCGUAGACGCUGUCUUGACGAUGACAGAUGGGUUCGACGCGACGUCUGAGGCCCUUCAUCUCGUACUCUUCAAGACGACUCAGAGCAGACGGACAGAGGAUCUCGACGGGAUGUUUGCUGCCAUGGAUCCAUACGACCUCGGGAUCUGGGAUGCAGGUCGGGUUGCGUCAAAACCCCUUGUGCGCAUCCUGUUUGCACCGUUUGUGGAGCAUGACGAAGGGAGUUUCAGUAUCGAGAGGCGGACCAGCCUACACGGAGCACGUCGUGAUGACGAGUCCACCACCGUUGAUCCUGGGUGCUACGAUAUCGUGGUCACUGGUCUGUCGUCGACGAUCCUUGGACCUAUCGAAACGAAGGAUGUGGAUAGCUGGGAUGCGCUCCUCCAUGUCGGCUCACGCCAUGCCGAUGUCGGGAGUACCAUUUCUAACAAGUCCGCUAUGUCCCAUGCUGCACAACCUGGUAUGGGUAGCGAGGCAGGACAUUGGAGGUCUUGGGUCGACGGUGUGGUAUAG